AUGCACCGCUUGAUGGGGGUCAACAGCACCGCCGCCGCCGCCGCCGGGCAGCCCAAUGUCUCCUGCACGUGCAACUGCAAACGCUCUUUGUUCCAGAGCAUGGAGAUCACGGAGCUGGAAUUCGUACAGAUCAUCAUCAUCGUGGUGGUGAUGAUGGUGAUGGUGGUGGUCAUCACGUGCCUGCUUAGCCACUACAAGAUGUCCGCACGGUCGCUCAUCAGCCGGCACAGCCAGGGCCGCCGCAGAGAAGACGCCCUCUCCUCUGAAGGCUGCCUGUGGCCCUCAGAGAGCACCAUGUCUGGCAGCGGGAUCCCAGAGCCACAGAUCUAUGCCCCACCGAGGCCUGCUGACCGCCUGACUGUGCCCCCCUUCACCCAGCGGGACCGCUUCCACCGCUUCCAGCCCACCUACCCAUACCUGCAGCAUGAGAUUGACCUGCCGCCCACCAUCUCGCUGUCGGAUGGCGAGGAGCCCCCACCCUACCAGGGCCCCUGCACACUCCAGCUGCGGGACCCUGAGCAGCAGCUGGAGCUGAACCGCGAGUCGGUGCGUGCGCCCCCGAACAGAACCAUCUUCGACAGCGACCUGAUGGACAGCAGCCUGCUGGGCGGCCCCUGCCCCCCCAGCAGUAACUCGGGCAUCAGUGCCACAUGCUACGGCAGUGGUGGGCGCAUGGAGGGGCCUCCCCCCACCUACAGCGAGGUCAUUGGGCACUACCCUGGGUCUGCAUCCUUCCAGCACCAGCAGGGCAGCGGGCCACCCUCCCUGCUGGAGGGCAGCCGACUCCACCCCGCACACAUCUCGCACCUGGAGAGCACAGUGGUCUGGAGCAAGGAGAAGGAUAAACAGAAAGGACACCCUCUCUAGGAAUCCCAGGGGCUGGGGCAGCCGUAGGUGAAAAGGCACAACACUCCGCACUUCUUAGGAGAAGAGAGAGAGAGGACAGGAUGACACAGAAAACACGACACGUACCCAUCCUUCCCUCAUCUCUCUGUGUAUAAAUAUUUACAUGUUCUGUUUGGUCUGAAUGCACAAGCUAGAAAGCUUGCAAAAAACAAAACAAAACAAACAAAAAAAAAAAACGUUUCUUUGUUGAGCUGUGUCUUGAAGGCAAAAGAGGAAAAAAAAAUCCUACACUAGUGUUUUUUUGUUUCUAGUUGAGCUGUGUGCGUGAAUGCUUAUUUUCUUUUUGUUUAUGAUUAUUUCACUUAACUUUAAAGACAUAUUUGCACAAACCUUGGUUUAAAGAUCUGCAAUAUUAUAUAUAUAAAUAUAUAUAAAAUAAGAGAAACUGUAUGUGCAAGGGCAGGAGUAUUUUUGUAUUAGAAGAGGCCUAUUAAAAAAAAAAGUCGUUUUCUGAACUAGCAGAGAAAAAAAAAUGGCAAUUUUUGAGUGCCAACUCAGAAAGUGUGUAUUACCUUGUACAAAAAAAAAAAAAAUUACAAAGCAGGGGUUUAGAGUUAUUUAUAUAAAUGUUGAGAUUUUGCACUAUUUUUUAAUAUAAGUAUGUCAGUGCUUGUUGGAUGGAAACUUCUGUCGUGUCUGUUGAGACUUUAAAGGGAGAAACGUGGGCAGUGCAGAGGAGCCGUUAGGCAGAAGGGUGUGAGUUCCCCGGGAUGUCCUUCUGUCCAGGAUGGUGAUGCUUCUGUUUAGUGGUAGACUAUUGCCAUAUUGUACAUUCCCUACCGAAGGAGGCGCGGUUCUUUGCUCCUGGCCGUUUCAAUCCAAACAAAACCCAGAACAGCCUUUGGAUUGCGGAUGAAAUAGGAAGCUUGCUCCAGAAACGCCACGUGCCAGGUGGUGACUUUUCCGAAAUGAAAAUAAACUGUUACUGAAGGAAUCUUAGUUUUUCUUCCUCUUUUACUUUUUGAACAUGAAGGUCCCCAUGGGAAGGGGCUGCGGUGGCCCCCCUGAAGCUGCAGCCAGGAACCCACCCGAGAGGUUCAGGUGCUUGUUUGGGCGGCACACCUUUGGGGCAACUCACUGGCCCGGCAUGUAUCGGCAAAGGUUGGCACAGCACCCUGGUGUAUAGGAAAAGUCCAAAGUAUUAGGAAUUUGAGCUCCUCCCUGUCUGUUUCCUACUGAGGCCAAUCAGCAGAAGACCCAAGAUGAAAAGGUGACACGCCCAGGUUUCUCCCAGGACAUGUGAAAGGAUUAAAAUGAGAAAAACAAACCAACACUAACCCGCGCUUUAUGCUUUAGAAGCAGAAUUCCUUACCUUCUCCUCCACACCCUCCCAUCCCUCCCCCACGGAAACAAUCACUUUUGGUGUGUUUAUUUAUCUGUGUUUUCAUGAGCAUCUUUGUCGGGCUCAACUCUUGUUUACAAGGUUUUUGUUGAGUCGGUUUGGGGUUGGCGGGACCCCUUGGUGAUGGCAUGCAGGUGGGCACAGGCGGGUGUAGAUAGACACUAUGGAAGGAGAGAGAAGUGGGGGCUUCUGGAGGCCCACCAGGGACCGUGGGUGGAGCUUGGCCUCCUUUGGCAUUAAGUGCAAGGAUGUGCUAGUAUUUGAUGGCAUGACCCUCUCGCCCAGGUAGGAAGAGAAGUCCCCUGCCUCCCACCCUGUGCAUGUGUCUUUAUUUUUGGCAGAACGCUGACUAGUAGACUAGCAUAAAAGGAAGAUAUGAGGCAAUAACUAUUGUUUUUAAACAACUUUUUUAUUACUUGAAAAACAGAAACCUGAGAACAGUUUUGAAGUUCCGACCAUUUGAACUCUAUUUAUAUAUAUAUCCACACACACAUAUAUAUAUAGACACACACAAUAUAUAUAUUUUAGGAAGAUGGAGACCAAUAGGUGAUGUUUGAGCUUUCCACUGACCUGCCUGGCAGGAAGUCCUUGUACCUUGAUAACAUCAGAACCUGCCUCUCCGCGGGGCCUUCAGCCUCAAUGUCGUUUCUCUUUCGAAGAGGAUUCUCCUAGAAGGCCAUGCAGCAAAAUUCAGAGAGAUUGUUCUGAAAGGUACAGGGGCACAUUUAUAGAUGAAGUUUUUACAAGCGUAUCUUUAUGUGAAGUGUCUCUCUAGUGCCUUACUGAGGAAGCAUUGGCCCCCUUGUUCCCAGGGUGGAAUGGGGGGUGCCCCUGGACAGCGGUAAUAAAGGGCUACUGAGUCUACUGAAGCAUCCCUGUCAACACCCGCUCCUGCCCUCCCUUGGACGUGCCCAGCUUUGUGAGGACCCCCUCCCACCACUCCAGCCGCGUUAAGCUCUAUGUAUCACUCAUAUCUGGGUCCAAAACCUGGACGUGAGUCUUUGUUAGAGUGGCAUCAGCCAAAAGCCAGGUCGAAGUGUGCUCCGUGCCCUCUAGAGCCAAACUUGAAUCCUGUUGCCUCGCUGUGGGCUCUGUAUUUGCUGUUUGCGACAAGCUAGAGGAAGGAAGGAGGGGCAGGUCACUGACCUGGCUGGCUUGAGGGCAGAGUGUGCACCCCAAAUUGCAACCCAGUGCUAAAGUCCAGGAGGUAAAUUUGCACUGUCCCUGGGCCUGGUGCCCAAGGCGUGACAGUGGCAGAAGUUCAUGGGGGUGGGAGCUUGUCAGAGGCAGGGCAGGUCCCAGGAAAACCAGAGGAACCGUUUGUCCAGAAACUACUGCCAGACCAUACCCUCUUCUCGAGAUACUGGCUGCAGCGCCAUUAUCUUUGGAAAGCAUUUGAACACACUUCGACAGCCCCCUUUUCCCCUUGGAAGUUAGGUGGUAGUCCUCGGGGUGGCUGGUAGGGGGACCAGGUGGGUUUCAGGGGUCAGGACUGCCUGCCAUCCCAUCCUGGGUCAAGAGGAAGUGGCCAAGCUGGCUUUCUCUCACUCGUGUUUCCUCAGAAGGAAAACCAUUUCCCCGCCAAGCCUGGGUCUACCAGAUGGACUUAGCCAAUUGCACUAGAGCCCUCCUGGCCCGGAAACACCCAGUGUUUUUGCAGAGUUGAAAGUGACUCCUGUCCCCAGGUCGAGUCCACUCCCUGUCCCUGUCAGCCGUCCCCAUGAGUGGUACAUCUCAGAGCAUUUUUUUUUCUCCUACCUGCAACACAAAGCUUCCAGAACCAUAGAACACCCUAAUGAUACAGAAGGAGAUGUUUUUUCGGAAAAACGUGCUUCACAUUCGCUGUACCAUAGAGCUCAGAAGGCCGCGCCGCGUUCCGUCUGCCUGCCUGAUGUGUUGGCCACGUUCUUUUGUACUGAGUACAACGCCAUGGCGUCGCUUUCUUGGUGUUGGAAUCCCGCUUCCUUUGCAGCCCUGUUUCCCAAGUUGUGUUGGAGUUAAACUUCUGUAAGCCCCCCACAGCACGCUGGGUACAGCACCCCUGUUGCUGCUCCACGCGACUGUAUUUGGAUGCUAAUCCACAGAUCCAAUGAAAUCGCUUGUAUCAGUAAUCAAUAGUGGCAAAGAUGACGUUCUGAAAAGCUGCAAUACUUAUACAAUAAAUUUUACAAUCCUUUGGAA